ACUAACUUCAGGUUGAGUUAAAUGGUGAAGUUGUAAACUGUCAUGUUAGAGUUAGACAUUUCCGUUUUUAUCAAUCUUUAACCGUAAUGUUGAUGUAACAAAUAGUUUUAUCAAAAUAAUUGCAUAAAAAAUGGAUGUACUGACAGAAGUCUCCAAAACUUCAAAGCCCUUAUCGCCGAGUGGGGAUACCCCAAAACAAAGUGAUGAUGUAGGAAAAAGAUCUAGAUCAAACACUCCUGAUAAAUCUAUUAAUUUAUCGAGAGAAAGAUCAAAAAGUCGCUCAAGAUCUAGAUCUAGAAAAUCUGAUCGUUCAAAAUCACGUAGUAGAUCACCAGGCGGGUCAAGAUCUAGGUCUGGAAGUUUAAGGAGAGGUUCAAGGUCAAGAAGUCGUUCCGGCUCUGUGCAAUCUGUAAGAAGUAGGUCGAAAUCUGCUGGAUCAAGACAGUCGAGAUCAAGAUCAAGAUCUGGAUCAAGAAAAUCGCGUUCAAGGUCGGGUUCGAGGCAUUCCAGACAAAGUUCUGGAUCUAGAAAGUCAAGAUCAGGCUCAAGGAGGUCUCGCAGUAGAUCUGGCUCUAGAAAUUCGCGACCUGAAUCGAGAAAAUCACGCUCAGGAUCUAGAAAAUCAAGGUCAAAGUCUAGAUCGAGAUCAAGAUCAGGUUCAAGAAAAUUUCGAUCAAGAUCAGGUUCAGCAAGAUCACGUUCAAAUUCCCCAAAAUCCCGUUCAAGAUCAGGAUCUAGAAGAUCACAUUCCGGAUCGCGAUCAAAAUCUCGGUCUAAAUCGCGAUCGAAAUCUCGUUCUAAAUCGCGCUCAAAAUCCCGUUCUAAAUCGCGAUCAAAAUCCCGUUCUAAAUCGCGAUCAAAAUCCCGUUCUAAAUCGCGAUCAAAAUCCCGAUCGAGAUCGCGAUCAAAAUCUCGUUCGAAAUCGCGGUCAAGAUCUAGAUCAGUUAGGUCUCGGUCAGGUUCGCGAUCACGUUCAAGAUCAGUACGAUCAAAAUCACGUUCAAGAUCAAAAUCACGUUCGAGAUCGAAAUCACGUUCAAUAUCGAAGUCACGGUCAAGAUCGAAAUCGCGUUCAAGGUCGAAAUCGCGUUCAAGAUCGAAAUCGCGUUCAAGAUCAAAAUCUCGUUCAAGGUCGAGAUCUGGAUCGGCAAGAUCUAGAUCGGGUUCGAGAGCGUCUAGAUCAAAAUCGCGUUCACAUUCCAGAUCGCGCUCAAGAUCUGGAUCGCGAAAAAACCGAUCAAGAUCGCGAUCAGGUUCGGCGAAGUCUCGAUCUGUAUCGAGAUCAAGAAGUCGAUCCAGAUCGACUUCAAAAAGGGGUUCAAAAUCGAGAAGUCGUUCUAGGUCUGGAUCAAGAAGAUCGCGAUCUGGGUCUGUUAGGUCAAAAUCUAGGUCGAGAUCAAGAUCCGAAGAUGAAGGUGUAACUGCUCGAAAACGUCGUUUAAUUGAUAGCGAUGAAGAAGAAGGCGCUGGACCAAGUAAAGUAUCUAAACCAAUUGAAAGUGAUGAUGAAGCAGCUGGUCCCUCUGAAGAGCGACCCGAAACUCAAGAAGGGCCUCAAGAACCAACAAAGGCAUCAUUGACAGACUCAGAUGAUGGAAUUGAUGAUAACCGUGGAGGAGAUGUGUAUCCCUACAUGAAUUUGGAUGGACUAUCAGAUUUCGACAUUAUGUUACAACGAAAAAAAGAGGAAAAAUCGGGCCGUAGAAAACGCAAAGAUAUCGAUAUAAUUAACGACAAUGAUGACAUAAUAGCCCAAUUAUUAGCCGAUAUGAAGAAUGCGGCAGAAGACGAUAGAAGACUGAAUCAGAGUAGCCAGCCGGCAACGAAAAAGAUUGGGAUGUUACCGAAAGUAAUGUCUCAAUUAAAAAAGCACGAUCUCCAAUUGGCGUUUAUUGAACACAAUGUUUUGAGCGUUUUAACCGAUUGGUUGGCGCCAAUGCCUGAUAGAUCUAUGCCGUCUUUACAAGUUAGGCAGGCAAUUUUGCAGCUAUUAUGGGAGUUUCCAAGAAUUGAUCAACAAACGUUAAAACAUUCUGGAAUUGGCAAAGCUGUUAUGUAUUUGUAUAAACACCCAAAAGAAGUUAAAGAGAAUAAAGAGAGAGCUGGGAGAUUGAUUAGCGAAUGGGCUAGACCAAUUUUUAAUUUAUCAGCUGAUUUUAAAGCCAUGAGUCGUGAAGAGCGCAUGCAAAGAGACAUUGAGCAAAUGCCAAAAAGAAGACGUGAAAGUGAUACAUCAUCUUAUUCGGAAAAGAAAGAUAUAAGUAAAGCGUUUAAUGAAGAGGGAAAGCCACUUAGACCAGGUGAUAAAGGAUGGAUUGGAAGAGCCAGAGUUCCUGUCCCAUCAAAUAAAGAUUACGUUGUACGACCAAAAUGGCACACAGAAGUCGAUAUAAGUAGGUCGAGUAAGAAGCAAAUGAACCGGUUUGAGAAGCAUUACAAGAAUUUCAUUGACAAUAAAAGGAAUAAAUCAUCGAGGCGAGCCGUUGAAAUUUCUAUUGAAGGAAGAAACAUGGCGUUGUAAAUGUGCUGUUGUAAUAUUUAUAGGUUAUGAAGUUUUAAUUUGUAUUUUGACGUUCUUCGUGUUGGAUUUACGAAAGUUAUCGUAGGAUUCAUUUUUUUGUUCUUUAAUUAUGAUAAAGAAAUUUAAUUUUUUUCUGUAGGAUUGUUCCUUUGUAUAACGAUACGAAAAUGAAGUAUUAUCACAAAUGUUUUUUGAUGAAUUAUUUGAAAUAUUUUGUCACUGCUAUAAUAAUAAAUAAUAAAUACAAGAAUUAA